AUGGCAAGUUUCGUUCACGGCACCGUCGCCUCCGCAGAAGCAACAGGUCAAUCUGAUGCUACUUCAUGUAACAAGACAUGGUGGAAGAAUGGUACCGUGUACCAGAUUUAUCCAUCCUCUUUCAAAGACUCCAGUGGCGAUGGUAUUGGUGACAUCCCAGGAAUCAUUUCGUGCCUCGACUAUAUCGCGGGCUUGGGUGUCGACAUAAUAUGGCUAUGUCCCAUGUAUGACAGUCCCCAUGUUGAUAACGGCUACGACGUUGCGGACUAUGAAAACAUCUACGCUCCGUACGGCACCCUCGCUGACAUGGUCGCACUCAUCCGUGGCUGCCACGACCGUGGAAUGCGAAUCAUCAUCGAUCUCGUCGUCAAUCACACCUCCGACCAGCACGAGUGGUUCAAAGAAUCGAGAUCCUCAGCAGACCAUCCAAAACGGUCAUGGUAUAUAUGGAAGCCUGCGGGAUAUACCAAGAAUGGUCACCGAAAACCGCCUAACAACUGGCGGAGCUACUUCGGUGGCAGUGCGUGGCAGUGGGACGAACGCACCCAGGAGUACUAUCUGCAUCUCUUCGCACCUGAGCAGCCCGAUCUCAACUGGGAGAACGAAGAAACUCGAAACGAAGUGUACAAGAGUGCAAUGGAAUUCUGGCUGUACAAAGGGGUGGACGGCUUUCGCAUUGAUACGGUCAAUUUGUACAGCAAAACACCCGGCUUGCCCGAUGCGCCUGUCGUCGACGCCAACUCGCAAUGGCAGAGUGGCGUCGCUUACCACUGCAACGGGCCGAGGAUGCACGAAUACCUCCAGGAGAUGAACGCCAAAGUCCUCUCGAGGUUCGACUGCAUGACCGUGGGCGAGCUUCCGAGCACGCCCGACCCAGCCAAGGUUCUUCGAUACGUCAGCGCAAAGGAAAAACAGCUCAACAUGGUGUUCCAGUUCGACGUCGUCGACCUCGGUCAAGGCCGGGACCAGAAGGAUGACACCGACCCUUUGUCAUGGACGCUGCCGGAUCUCAAGGCCGCGCUGCUCCGUUCUCAACGCCUCAUCUCCGGCACUGAUGGCUGGACGACUGCCUUUCUUGAGAAUCAUGACCAAGCAAGAUCGAUCUCGCGUUUUGCAUCCGAUGACGAAAGGUAUCGUGAGAGGUCAGGGAAGAUGCUCGCGAUCAUGCUUGCAGCACUUUCCGGAACCCUCUUCAUCUAUCAAGGCCAAGAAAUUGGCAUGAUCAACAUGCCUAAAGACUGGGAUAUUGAUGAGUACAAGGAUCUUGAGUCGAGCAACUACUACCGCUCAGUCUCCGAACGUACCCAUGGAAAUCAGAGAGCCCUUUCCCGAGCCUUGACUGCUGUUCAGCAUUUGGCGAGAGAUCACGCCAGACUGCCCAUGCAGUGGGACGAUUCGCCGAACGCAGGUUUCACUACGGGCACUCCAUGGAUGCGGACCCAUGAUGCUUACAAGCACAUCAAUGCUAAAAGCGCACUCGCGGACAAGCAUAGUCUCCUGCAUUUCUGGAAGCGCCUGCUUUCGCUCAGACAGGAGUACGCGGAUCUUCUGAUAUACGGCGACUUUGAGGUUUACGAUAUGGGGAACGUCGAUGUCUUUACGUUUGCAAAAGUCACUGGAUCUGGAAUCGCAUUGAUUGCCUUGAACUUCAGUGCAGAUUCUCAAGGGUGGUCAAAGCCAGAUGACGUUGAGGGCCAAUUAGAUGUAUUGGUGUCUAAUGUGCAAUCAUCUGAAGAAUCAGUAUUGGCUCCGUGGGAGGGGCGGCUAUAUCUCGUCAGUUGA